UGGAUAUUGUUAUCUUUCCCGCCUUUUCAAACAGAAUAUUAUUAUCAAAAGUCAAAAACUUCAAACAUCACUUUAUCGUAAGCUGCCCCAAAUUCCCAUGCGACUAUAAUUCUUCAAGUGUGAUUCAUAGGACGAAUUGAUUCUUUUGGACUGUGAUAAACAUCAUAAUAUUUUGCUUGUAUUUUUGUAAAGUGCACUUUGUGUAAUAUUAAUGGUGUAUAUCCGCUAAGGUAGCUUGUGCUUGUAAUUUUGAAAUGGAAGUCGACAACCCAGAAGAGGGUGCAUCAACCUCAGCCGUAAUAGAUCCCAUGGAAGGAUCUUCGACCAGCACAAAGGAUUGUUUAACUACUGUACCCUCUCAAACGAAAACUGUUAAAAGUGAUUUAAACACGCCAUGGAUUGAAAAAUAUCGUCCAAAAUCAUUCACAGACAUUAUUGGUAAUGAAGAAACUGUUUUGCGACUGGAAAAGUUUUCUUUGUGCGGAAAUGUACCAAACAUAAUUAUUGCUGGUCCUCCUGGUGUUGGUAAAACCACAACAAUAUUGGCUCUGGCCAGAAUACUUCUAGGAAGUGCAUUCAAAGAAGCCGUAUUAGAACUAAAUGCAUCUAGUGAUCGUGGUAUUGAUACUGUACGAAACAAAAUCAAAAUGUUUGCUCAGCAAAAAGUCACAUUGCCUCCUGGAAGACACAAAAUAAUUAUUUUGGACGAAGCCGAUAGUAUGACUGAUGGAGCCCAGCAAGCACUUAGACGUACUAUGGAAUUAUGGAGUAAUACAACAAGAUUUGCACUUGCCUGUAACAAUAGUGACAAAAUUAUUGAAGCCAUUCAGUCACGUUGUGCCAUGUUGCGAUAUGGAAAACUCUCUGAUCAAGAGAUCAUGACGCAGAUGCUAAAAGUCUGCAAAUCCGAAGAGGUAUCGUUCAGUGCCGAUGGUUUGGAAGCCGUUGUAUUUACUGCUCAAGGCGACAUGCGACAAGCGUUGAACAACUUACAUUCUACAUGGAAUGGUUUUAGACACGUCGACAGCACAAAUGUAUUCAAAGUUUGUGACGAGCCACAUCCUUUACUGGUUAAAGAAAUGUUAUUGGAAUGUGCCGACCAAAAUAUCUCUAAGGCAUACAAAAUAAUGGCCCAUUUAUGGAAACUUGGUUAUGCACCUGAAGACAUCAUUACAAAUAUAUUUAGGGUUGCAAAACAUUUGGAAAUCAAAGAAUCUCUGAAAUUAAAAUUUAUACAGGAGAUUGGAAUGGUUCACAUAAGAAUUGUGGAAGGAAUGAACUCAUUACUUCAAUUGUCAGGAUUAUUAGCCAAGUUGUGCACAGUAGCUGCCAAAACAGAAAGUUAAAAAAGUUAAAAUGUAUGAUAAUAUAAUAAUAAAGCUGAUGUACCUAACUAAGAAA